AUGGAAAAUGGUUGGUGGUCCAAGAUCGUUGCAGCGGCUGGGAGGGGAAACGAGGGUUGGUUUUUGGAGAACAUCAAACGGAGAUUAGGAGAUGGGCGAGGUACUAAGUUCUGGGAGGAUAGUUGGGUGGGCAGGGAAUCCCUUAAUAUCUCUUUCCAUAGGCUUUAUCGACUUUGUGAAAAUAGGAAGGUUAGCGUUGGUGAGUCGGGAAGGUGGGUUGAAGGGGUGUGGGUUUGGGAUUUGAAGUGGCGGAGAGAGCUACGGGAUUGUGAGAGGGAGACGGUGAAAUCACUUAUGGAUGCUAUUUCUUCUUUUGUCCCAACUGCAGGUACAAAAGACAGAUGGACUUGGAGAGCAGCCACGGAUGGCAGGUACUCCACUAAAUCAACCUACGACACGAUUAAAUCAAAGAGGAGUGUGAACCAAAACCAAAGAUCAGAGGUGAAAACUUUGGUGUCGGUUUGGAAGACGGCUGCACCGCAAAAAGCUCUCGUCACAGCUUGGAGACUGCUGCGAAACCGCCUUCCAACCGCCGACAACUUAAGGAAGAGGAAUAUCAUGCUGGGAGACGUGAACCAAGAUUGCCCAUGGUGUCACGCUCACGGUGAGAAUUUGAAUCACCUGUUUCUUACAUGUUCAAAAGCACAGGAACUGUGGGAUGAGAUUCAGAGUUGGACUGGGAUUAGCUCGGCACGGCCCUCAUCGGCCGCUGCGCACUGGAUAGUGUUCAGCGAGUGCGGCAAAGAGAAGAAAGUCCGGAAUUUGCUUAAGACAAUCUGGGUGGGCUGCAUUUGGCUUAUGUGGAGAAAGCGGAACGAGAAGAUUUUUGAAGGAAAAGAUUGGGAGGUAAAAACUUUGGUUAGGGAGAUUAAGAUCCGUUCUUGGUGUUGGAAUAAAAUUUUUGGUAUCUUGGACCCCGAUAUGGAUUUAUCCAGGUGGUGUUGCGACGAUCUUAUUUCGCAUUUUCUGUAA